UAUUGGCACACUUUCAAGUAGAUGGUGGUCGCAUAAACAUUUUUCAAAAUGGGGUGCUUCGUAUAACCGUUUGGACAGAUUGUUGGAACGCAGCCCGUGCCUCAGCCUGCAGCAAACCGCUGGAGUCAAAUCUGCUCAGGUCUGAUUGCAGGGUUAGCUUGGUCAUGUGGGCCCUGAGAAGCGAAAGAUCCGUCCGUUGCCCGCGAGUGCUUAUCAAAUCAGCAAGGCAUGCUAGCUGGCAACGGAUUACCAAUUUUCGAGUUGAUGUGAGGAAUCACAAAGUCUUGCGACGGCCAUGGCAACGACGAGUUCCAGGAGGAGAGGCCUCGGGAUUGUGCUGGCGCUCUCCCGACUGUGGCCAAGAACGGAGUCCUCAUUUGCCGCCCACGACUUUGCCGGAGGAGCUCGGCUGAAGAACCGCAACAGCGCACUGGUGAGACCACGCUCUUUGCAUGCUGGAGUCGCCUUGCGUGCCAGGGCUGCGCAAGAGGACAACAGUGCCCAGGACCGGCUCGAUCUCGAGGAGGUGGUCGUAGAAGCCGACAGGGUGCUGCAGGACAACGGCACGGUGCAAGAGACCAAAGCUGUCUUGCGAAAAGCGCAGAAGAUAUAUCCAGGGAAGUGGACCCUUUCAGGGCUGAAAGACGAGUUGCAACAAAAACUGCGCGAGUUUGUUGAAGAGGCCAAAGUGGCCGGAAAGGGCUUGGACGAGGAUUCUCGCAGGGCAGCACAGGUGACAAGCCAGCACCUUUGGCGUGGCGGAGUUGCUUUGCGCGCCAGCCCGCAGCAGGACGAGUGGCUCGCCAAGAGCCGCGAGGAGGUUGAGGGCUUCAGCAAAGCACAAGUAUCCAGCUGGGUGGCAGCCGUACUGCUGGAUGCUGGGUUGGAAGCAGACGACAUCACCGAAGUCACCACCAUUCUGCUGAAGCAGAAGGUGGUCGGAGCAGCCCUGCUGAAGCUCACGCUGGAGAAGCUGAUUCCCCACGGCCCUGCAAUGCUGCUGACCAGGAAGAUCCGGCUGUUGCAAGAGCCCCAGGUCACUGAGCAGGUCGUCACUGCCAAGGACUUCAAUAUCGCUGCUUGCUUGCGACCUUCAAAUGGUGACCGACCCAAAAGGUUCCUAGAGCUUGACUCUUGCGUUGAUGACUGCAUGCAGGCAGUCCAGGACAAUCUGCCACUGGUCACAAAGGCGACGAUUCCGCGAGUGCCUGCUGCCAUGCUCUCCCGCUUCAUGGGCGGCGGCAAGACCACAAUGCUUUACGAGGUCUUUGACAGGCUGAAGAAGGAGGAGAAACUCCCCAUUUUCAUCAGCUUCAGCGGGGAUUCGCUUGUCUACAGGCUCGACGGCGAAAAGGUGAUGGACACUAUGCUGAGGGCUAUCGCUGUGAGUCUAAUGAAGAACAAGCCCGCAGACAAGAAAGGGGCAGAGCGGGUGCGCUGUAGCGAGGAAGCCUUGAAGGCAUACCUGGAGGACAAGAAGGACGUCGUCCUCGUCGUGGAUGAGCUGAACGUCUUGCUCAAAUCCAAUCCAACCUAUGACCGCCAAGCUCUGGGGAGAUUCCUGCGAGACACAUUCCUUAACCCUGCAGGACGACACCUCGUUUUGAGCACCAGCAUCCCCACCAGCGCCGGCCUCGAGCAAGUCUUGGACACGGGCGCAGAAGGCUCUCGUAAGGUGAUUCCCAUACAAAUGCCCAGGUGCGCUGAGGUACAGAGGCUGAGAGGCAUGCACCCGAACUGCGCGGCCUUGACGCCGUUGGAGGCCGUCUAUUUCGGCUACGUCCCAUCCCUGAUCUACUCGGUCAAGACGGGGGACUUGGACCUGAAGGACCGGUUCCGGGAUAUCGCACGUUUUGCAAAAUCGGAGGGGCUCCAAGACCUGGCAAGGUCUUUCCUGUCAGAGUUCUUCACUGGCAGGCGGGGUUCAAACCACGAUCCAGUGCGUGCCUUCGAUGCCCUCACCGAAUCCCCAGCCCUGGGGGAGAUCCGGUGGAUUCUCGCCUACGUGGGACGGAUGUGCUGCCACCUGGAAUGGGAACAGGUUGGGGAAUGGAUCGACGAAAUCCCGCGCUGGUCGGGAAAGGUUGAAAGCGGCCAGGACUGGGAGACCGUUGUGCUGGUCGCUCUGUGCCUUCGAUGCCAUGAAGCCAUGUACAGCAGCCCCCACGAGCUGCUGAAACUGCCAAGGGGGGCAAGAAGGCCAGCCGACGUACACUUGAUGAGGGUGCCGCAGGAGAAUUGUUCAGGCCCCAGCGACAUGCUGGCCUGGUGGAAAGAGCAACCGAUUCCAACCUACCCCUACAUUGCGGUGCUGUCGCCAAAUGGUACAAAGACAAGCAUCAUUGACGUCAUGUGGGUUUACCAAAAAGAAGCGGCAGCCAAUUGCUUCGUGACCGCCAUCCAGGCCAAACUGGGAAAGGCCAUCCCGAAGCAGGAUAUGCCGCAGGGCAUGCUGGGCUUGCUUUUCCGCGGCCAGGCACCGGCCGCAACCCGUGUCGAUCCAUGGCAGCGGUGGGAGUAUUUAACAGCCAGAGACUUUGCAAGUUUUCUGGGCAAAUCUUUGACAGCUGCCUGUCCUGGCAACUGGCCCAGCUUGACAGAUUAAGCCCUUACAGUGCUGUCUCUUCCUGAUCGCCUUUUUCGUAAGGCCAUUUGCGAAUAACGAACUACUGCAUGUUCAGUUUCACCCGAAAUCUGUUUGAAGGAGCUAACCGCCAA